AUGAGUGGAGUUAGUGGGUCUCUCUCCAGUCGUGUUAUGAACAUGAAGUUCAUGAAGUUUUCAAGGAAUAAUAAUAAUAAUGAUGAAGAAAAUACUAGCGAUAGCAGGGAGAGUAGUAUUAAUAAUAAUGACGAAACAAGUAAUAAAAAUUUCCGUGAUAAUUCAGAAUGGAAACUAGAGCCUAACACAACACCUAUCAAGGGGAAGAAAGUUAUAAGGAUAAAGAAAAAAAAUCAAUUGAGAAGCCAUCCCAAUGUUAUACAGGAUGUGGGGAUUACUUACAUACAGAGUAAUUUGAAUAAUGCAAUUAUGGGGAGACAAACUAUUCGUGAUGAUAAAGAGACAGAGAAUGAAAAGGACAACAAAGAAAAUGAAAAUGAGAAUCAAGAACACACUAAAAGACCUCGUGAUGAUGAACCUGAAGAUGAUUAUGAUUUGGAUAAAAUCUUUAAAGAAAGCAUGAGUAAAAAUAAGCAUAACAACAAGAAACAAAAGAAGAAUAAGUACAAGAAUAAAUGA